GCAGCGGAAGGAUCAUUGAGGAGUUUAAGGACUGCUUGUGAGAGGGUGAGAAGGACUCUGUCAUCGACUGCACAGACCACAAUUGAGAUUGAUUCUUUGUAUGAAGGUAUUGAUUUUUACUCGACUAUUACUAGAGCGAGAUUUGAGGAGCUGAACAUGGAUUUGUUCAGGAAGUGUAUGGAGCCAGUGGAGAAGUGUUUGAGGGAUGCUAAGAUGGAUAAGAACAGUAUUCAUGAUGUGGUUCUCGUAGGUGGAUCAACUAGGAUUCCCAAAGUUCAGCAAUUACUUCAAGAUUUCUUCAAUGGGAAGGAGCUUUGUAAAAGCAUCAACGCGGACGAAGCAGUAUCCUUUAAAGAGGGUCUUAAAAGAGGUUUUUCGGCGACCGAAAAACCAACCAAAAACGGCGGCGGAAGGAUCAUCACGCCGGUGUAA